GAUCCCUGAGAAGUCUUCUCGAAACUAAAGAUUUCUUUAGGAGUUUCCUUGGUGUGGGACAAGUGACUUGCACUCAUAGUACUCCUCGCAGUUUUCCUUCAUUUCUUUGGCAGGUCCAGUAAGUUUGGGCCCCAAAUAAUAUAAAUAUGGCAGAUGAGGAACAAAAACGAAAACAGGCUGAGAAGGAGAGGAAGAAAGCCGAGGUCCGAGCCCGGCUAGAAGCUGCGGCUCAGGCCAAGAAGGGUGGCGGAAAAAAGGGUUUCAUGACCCCUGCCCGUAAGAAGAAGCUGAGGACCCUGCUGAGGAAAAAGGCCGCCGAAGAAUUGAAGAAAGAACAAGAAAGAAAAGCAGAAGAAAGGAAGAGGACUAUUGCCGAGAGGUGUGGACCUCCUAAAAACUUAGAUGGCAUCAAUGAAGCCGAACUAAUGCAAAUCUGCAAAGAGUAUCAUGAUCGCAUUGGUAAACUGGAAGGUGAAAAAUACGACAUGGAAUAUGAAUCAAGACAUAAGGAAUACAAGAUUAAUGAACUUAACAUGCAAGUCAACGACAUGAGAGGAAAAUUCAUCAAGCCACCUCUAAAGAAAGUAUCCCGAUUCGAAUAUGGAAAAUUCGAGAAAUUAAUGCGCGCAGCCAAGAAGGCUGAUAAUGACUUCAGAGCCAAUCUGAAAUCUGUUGGACCAUCCACGAAAUUCAAGCUCGAUGAAGAUGUCAAGGAGGCGAAACCAGACUGGGCUUUGGGUGCCAAGAAAGACGAGAAAGCAGAGGAGUAAAGGUUGAUUUCCAACGUUCCACUUUUAGAAUCUGGAAAAAAAUUCAGUUCAUUUAUCUACUUUGUACGUCUGCCAACAAGAACAUAGUCAUCGAAACUGUGAAAUGAGCUGACAUGAUGUCACAAUUCAAAAUUUAAUGUGAUCCGUUUUUUACCUAGAAACAUCUGUCACAAAUGGCAACCAAUGACUUCUAUGCUGAUGUGAACUCACGGACUGUAUAGAAGAGUUGAAUUUACUUAACGUGAAGUAAACAUUAAAAAUUCGCCAAAGUUUGUAACCAUUUCAAUGUGUAAUUAACACUUGUUCAUACAGUUAAAUAUUUUCUUUGUCUUUUUUUUCUUUUACAAGCUGUCAAAAUAAAAGUGAUGUUUCUGGA